UUUCCCAAUUCUAAAGUUGUCCACUUUAAUGAAUGCACCUUCACCUUCAUCUCUCUUACACCUAUUUGCAUAUAAUUUCACUGUUCCAUACACAUUCAACUCACCUCUUUCUCCCCAGACAAACCCAUCAUCAUCUUCUGAUCACAUUGGUUCAUAAACCCUACCCCUGCAAUUCAAUUCCCAAUCUUUUCCCAUUUUCAUUGUGCUUCUCCAAAUGGGUCUUUCUUUAUAGACUUUCUCUGUGUCUUUAUAAAGAAAGAAGAAUCCACUUUUUUAUAUAAUUAAUCUGCAAGUGAAUAAGUGAUCCUUGAUAUCUAAAGUUAAAAAAAAAAAGCAAAAAAAAAAAAAAAAGAAAUCUUGGGUUUGCUUCAUUUAUCAGCAAUUAUUUUUCUUCCGUUUUUUGACAUCAAGAUUUAAUCUUUUUCCCCUUUUUCAUUGAUUUUCAUCUUUAUUUUUUGUGGGUAUUCAUUUUCUUGAAUAAAUUUUGAAUCUUUUUGGGUUUUGAGGUUGUGGGGUUUUGGGUUUAAUCUUUAAUGGCUGCUGGUCUUGAAACUGAAUCUGCUGCUUCUGUUGACAACAACAACAACAACAACAACGUUGUUGUUGUUGUUACUAAUGAGAGUGAGAAUAUUAAUGCUGCAAAUGUUGAUGAUAAUGGGCCACUUGUUGAAUCAAAAAAAGGGUCUGAGUCUGAUUCAAAUUCAGAAAUGGAAAUGCAAGGAAUUGUUGGUAUUUUGUCCAAUUUGAAGCUGAAUCCAAUGGCUAAAGAGUUUUUUCCUUCAUCCUACUCUCCGGUCACUCGAAAUGUCGAUAAGCUUAAUUACUUUGCUCCUGCUUUUUAUCUCAAUUCUCCUAUGGAUGCCAUUGAAGGACACCCCCCUAACCGCAGGAGGAGAAAUAACUACAGUCAGGGAAGAAGAUGGUUGAAUGGUAGAGCUUAUAGAGCUCAAAGAGAAGAUAGUAUUAAGAGAACCGUUUAUGUUUCGGAUAUCGAUCAUAAUGUCACCGAAGAGCGACUUGCUGCUCUGUUUAGCGCCUAUGGACAUGUUCUGGACUGUCGAGUUUGUGGCGAUCCACAUUCACGUCUCCGCUUUGCAUUCGUGGAGUUUGCCGACGAGAAUUCUGCAAGAGCAGCUCUUAAUCUUUGUGGCAUAAUGUUGGGGUUCUCUCAAGUUAGAGUUUUGCCUUCAAAAACCGCAAUUCUUCCUGUGAAUCCAACUUUCCUUCCCAGGUCAGAGGAUGAGAAGGAGAUGUGUGCAAGGACAGUCUACUGUACAAAUAUUGAUAAAAAGGUUUCUCAAGCUGAGGUCAAGAACUUUUUCGAAGCAAGAUGCGGCGAGGUUUCUCGCAUCAGGCUAUUGGGGGACCAUGUUCAUUCAACACGCAUUGCUUUUGUUGAAUUUGUGAUGGCCGAGAGCGCGAUUGUGGCGUUGGAUUGCUGCGGCCAAACACUCGGAACGCAACCAAUCAGGGUGAGUCCUUCGAAGACACCUGUGAGGCCUCGAGUGGCUCGCUCUCUUCCAACCAACUGAUCAGACAUCCUUAACCUAUGCACCCAUGCAUCCGUGAGGUGGUGAUGGAACGUUAUGUUCGGUACUUUUUUAACUUUUUAUGUUUUUUUUGUCCUGGCAGUUCGGCCAUGGCCACAGUAGUUAUAUGAACCAACCGGAAGACACUCCCUAAGUUGAGAACUUGUUUUUUGUUUUGUUUCCUUCCAUCAUGUUUGAUUGCAGAAUGCAAUCUACAGAUAAUGAACAAGCUAGGGUUGCUCGUCAAGAUUAUGGUGAUUCUAAGUUGACUUAUGUGGCGGUAACGCCUCAAUUUAAGAACGUUAACCGAGUC